AUGGCUGAUAGAAAUUACGAAUACGAUCCGGUCGAGACCGGAGUGGUUUCAGUCAACCAGCAACACUACAGAAUGGAGGAGGGACAAUUGUGGCGACAAUAUAUCAUCGCUGGCAUCGCGAACAUCGCGAUCCUUACCACCGGGUACUCCAUGGGAUGGACGUCACCCGUGAAUGUAAUAUUGGGCAACGUCACCACAUCGCCCUUAGAAGAUGUGGUGACAAUAGAUGAAGAGGCAUGGAUCGGCUCACUGCUCACGCUUGGUGCUAUAUUCGGUCCUUUCAUUGGUGGCUUCGCUGCAUCAUCGAUUGGCCGCAAGUGGGGUCUAAUGAGUUGUGCCAUACCCUUGUUCAUCGGAUGGAUUCUGAUAGUAACCACCUACAACGUCGCUAUGAUAUACGCAGGCAGAAUCUUUUGGGGAUUGGCUGUUGGCAUGCUGUUCACCAUUUCGCCUAUGUACUGCGCGGAAAUAGCUACGGAUGACUCUCGAGGUGCUUUGGGAUCAUUCUUACAAAUGUUCAUCACGUUCGGUUUCCUGUUGGUGUAUUCUAUUGGUCCAUUCAUCUCUUAUCACGCAAUUGCCUACGUGGGUAUAGCAAUCGUGGCGGCCUUCUGCAUCGGUUUCUUCUUUAUGCCGGAGUCACCUAUUUACUACUUGACCAAAGAUAACAGGGAAGCUGCAACGGAGUGUCUCGCCAAAAUUCGUGGUCGUUCUUACGAAGCCGUAAAAAGUGAGAUUGACAAGAUGGAGGGAGAAGUCCAAGCAUCUUUGGCUAGAACUGCCACGAUCGCCGAUGUGUUCCGUGGAAGUAAUUUCAAAGCGUUCUACAUCUCGUCAGCGUUGGUGUUCUUCCAGCAGUUCAGCGGGAUCAACGCUGUGCUCUUCUAUAUGAGCACCAUCUUCUCAGCAGCUGGCGCCAGCCUCGAUGCUUCCAUUGCGACUAUUAUUAUUGGAGCUGUACAGGUGGUUGCAUCCUGCAUCACCCCCUUAGUGGUGGACAGACUCGGUCGUCGGAUCCUGCUGCUCAUUUCAAGUUGUGGCACAAGUGUUGGUCUAGGUCUUUUAGGAAUGUACUUUAUACUUUCUGACAAUAAAAAUCCGGUUGUGGAGAGUAUAGGUUUCCUGCCGAUCCUGGCUCUAGUCGUGUUCAUAGUGACGUACUGCUGGGGCCUGGGACCUCUGCCCUGGGCCGUCAUGUCCGAACUCUUCCCAAUCGAAGUCAAGGCCAUCGCCGCUCCCAUCGCUACGGCUUUCUGUUGGACUUUGUCUUUCUUAAUCACGAGAUUCUUUACAUCAGUCGCAAAUGCAAUAGGCAUGGGUCCGACAUUCCUAAUUUUUGGAGUAUUCUGCGUGUGCGCAUUCUUCUUCACACUCUUUUUGGUGCCCGAGACGAAAGGGAAGAGUUUCCAAGAGAUCCAGGACAUGCUGGCUGGCAAGUCCUCCAAAUCUCAGAAAAUGUAA